AUGCCGGCCCCGUACUCUGACAACCUGUACUCGGCCAACGACUCCGAUUCUGACCAGACCCCGGACGACGACCUCGAUGACCACCUGUCACCCACUGACGGCUACUUCCAGAGCAGCACAUCGUCGUCAGCCGCCGCCAUCUACCCUCCGCAACAACAGGCCCAUGGUCACUACAGUCAGGACGACGUAAUCGCCGCGACUACCUCCCCCACGUCCGCUGGCGUGCCGCAUGUGCCCAACGUUCUCGUUCAGGACCCGUCGCUGCGUCUGCAACAAGAGGCGUCCUCCUCUUCCGCCUCUAAGAAGGAUCGCGAAGCAAGGGAGGAGACAAGGUUAAACUCGUUGCCUGUUGAUAGGAUCUCGUCACCCGCCGCGCCCGUUGACGAGCAUUACUAUUACGACGACGGGGUCUCCUCCACCGCCGCCGACAGCGAGGCGACGCCAUCGCACACGACAACAGCGACGACCACAGCAUACACUUACACACCCUCCCACACCGCCCUGAGCUCGUCAUCUUAUACACCUUACGCGCCCUCCGCCGACGCUCCCCUGCGUACUCCUCAGACUCACCCCAUAAGGAGUCGGUACUCGCACCCGGCGUCGCUAUUCCAUAUACCCAGAGAGGCACCUCCUGCUUACACGCCGUCGCCCACGUCCCCGCUGGCGUCAUCCCCCACAGAUUUCAGGAACUACCAGACCUUCACGUCCAACAUGGGAGCCCCCGAGGAAGAGGCGCGCUUGCUGGGCCGCGACCCUGAGAGCAUGGGCGGCGAGCCCUACGAUGGCGACGAUGACCCGAGGCCGUCUCCGUCGUGGAGGCAAAGAGCCCUCAAGAAGCACUCGUGGGCCUCGAGGCGGACCUUGAAAAUGGCACUUCUUGCUGCCCUGGUCUUUUUCACCGUGUCGGGAUUUCUCAGCAUGCUGGUCACAAGUGUCAGAAGUAUGCCGUCUGAUAAGUCACCUUCAAAGCAGCCCGUCAAGGAGUAUGACCCCGUCACUGGCCUGCCCAUCAAGGACGGCCCGUCCCAACCCAACGAGCCCUCUCAACCAGGCCAGCCUUCCAACUCCAUCCCCUGGAAGCCCUCGAGAACCUGUCUCCAGACAGAGCACCGUUUCGCCCCCACGGUCUACGACCUGUCCUUCACACCAGACAAGACCCUGAGCGUCCUCCAAGGCGUCGAGUCUGAUGCACCAUCCCGCGGGUUCCAGCCCCAAGUCUCGGGCGACUUCGUUGUUCGGCGCCAACAAGGCAACGCUCCGGGCCCCUCCGUCGAGCUCGAGGUCGUCGCCAACGACGCGGCCCUUGACGUCGGCGUCGAGUGGGACUCGGAGCACCAAGAGCUUUUAAUCAAAACCCCGCAGCGCAUUGAAUGGAACCGCUCCCUCCGGCCCUGCAUCGCCCUCCGCGCCACCAUCUGGGUACCCGAGAACGCCGAGCUGUCCCACCUCUACCUCGCCGCGACCAACGUGGGCGUCAAGCUCGCGGGUGACCUCUCCAUCGUUGUCGAGAAUGGCUUCGAGAUUGCCACCAUGUCUGGCGACGUCCACAACCUCAUGGAGCCUCAGGACGCGCACCGUCUCAACUCACGCGAUAUCGUCGUUAGGACCAUGUCUGGCGACAUCACGGGCUCAUGGCCGCUCUACGACUCUCUAAAGAUCGCCUCCGACUCGGGCGACAUCCAUGUGGGCGUCACCCCCCAGCAGGUCUCUGAGUCCAAGCCACGCCCCGCUGUCCUCGAAGUCAGCACCAUCUCGGGCGACAUCACCGUCAAGGAACCCCUCGAUGCGGCAGUGCAGAGCAGCAAGCCCGAUACGGUUGUCCCGCCGCGCGACUACAUCACCACACUCGAUACCAAGUCCGGCGGCAUCAGAGCCUGGGUCGCCUUCAGCUCCGCCGCGGCCAUCGAGAGCAUCAGCGGCGACAUCGCAGCCGAGUUCUUGCCCGUGUACAACAUCAGCCUGCUGCAAUCCACCAAGGUGUCCGAGCUUCACACCAAGACUAAGAGCGGCGACGUUGCCGUUAAGGUGCUGGAUCCCAUCUGGGUCGAGAUCGCGGGUACCGAGGGCGCGCCCAGCGUUGAGAAGCCGAGGGUCAACCCCGACGAGCCCGUCGAGAUUCCGACCAACCCCUUGCCCAUACCCAACAUCCCCAAGAUCCCUCGCAUGCCGGGAGCCCCCUUCAUUCCCGACUUCGGGAACCCGUACAAACGCAUCCCAGUCCCAGCCGGCAGAUGGACCGACGCAUGGCCCAUCAGACGCUCCUCUUCAGCCGACGCCGCAACCCAGACCGACGAGCGCACCGUGUCGACUAGCGAACGGCCGCCGAUGCGCCACUUCAAGUCCUCCCACGGUAGCGUCAGCGGAGACAUGGAGAUUCGAUACCCGUCCUCGUGGGAGGGUUCCGCUACGGCCGAGAGCAUCAGCGGCAAGAUCUCCAUCCGCGGCAAUGACGUCCACAUCGACAGCAGGACGCAAUGGCCCAAGGCCGUCCACGCACACAAGGGCCAAGCCUUGAACUGCGAAGUCUCGCUGGGCAGCGUCUCUGGGGGGGUGGACCUCAUCAUUGGCGAGGAAACGAAGGCGAUGUAG